AUGAUCAUCAAGACCCUCAAGGCGCGCAUCCUGCGCGCGCUCAAGGCGGCCGGGCCCGACGCGCGCGGCGGGCUCCCCGCCGCCGUCCCCGACGAAGCCCGCCGCCCACCAGUACCACGGCGGCGGCGACGCCCUGUCCGACGACGCGUCCUUCUUCGACGCGCGGGAGCCGGAGACGCCCACCAAAUCCCACCACCGCCGGCGGCCCUCGGCCGCGGAGCCGCUGGACGCGUGGGAGCUGGUGGACGACCAGGACGGCGGGGGCCGCGCGUCGCCCGCGCCAGCGCUACCCGAACCCGACCCGCUGCUGGGGUUCCCCGCGCGGUGCCCGCCGGGCGGGGAGUCCGUGGUGGUGCUGUACACGACGACGCUCCGCGGCGUGCGGCGCACGUUCGAGGACUGCAACGUCCUGCGCGCGCUUCUGGAGAACCUGGGCGCGCCGUUCCAGGAGCGGGACGUGUCCAUGGACCGCGGCCUCCGGGACCAGCUGUGGUCCCUGACCGGGGAGAGGGCGCCGUCCCGCCGCGCCUCUUCGUGCGCGGCCGCGACGUCGGCGGCGCCGCCCAGGUGCUCGCGCUCCACGAGGAGGGCCGCCUCCUCCCGCUGCUGCCGGUGCCAUCGCCGUGCGCGGGCGGCGAGACGAGGCUCCCCGGCGCCGGAGGCAAGCGCGGUUGCGAUGCGUGCGGGGGGCUCAGGUUCGUGGUGUGCGGCGAGUGCGACGGCAGCCGCAAGGUGUUCGACGGCGGGCGGUGCCAAGGGUGCAACGAGAACGGCCUCGUCAUGUGCCCGCUCUGCUUGUAG